CAAUAUUCUACGAUGCAUUUAAUAUUCGAAUUUGUUUUUAUUAUUUUAUUUUUUUCUUCAGUGCUUGGAGAGGAAUAUACUCUUGAAACUAUAGGAGCGAAAAAAUGCGCCCUAAAUUUUGGAACUCAGGAAAUUAAUUAUGAAUUGACUAUAAAUAAUGAAAAGGAUGGUGCGAAGUCUUUAACACUAGAGUUUAAUUUAGAUGAACCCAUUACAAAAGACUUUACUUAUAGAGCUGAUAUUAAUAUUAUGACAUCUGGACAAUACAUUCACUACAUUGAACCUGAUGGAAACGUAUGCAAAGAUAUAAACGAUUUGGGUAAAAUAGCAUGGGACGCAUUUAGGAACGCUGUGAACCCAAAAAUUAAAGAUCUUUGUACCAUCCCGCCGGGCAAGUACAAACUGGAAAAAUUUCAAGUGAAAAAAGGAGACUUCGAUGUUCCCAUUCCUACUGCUGGUCAGUUUAUGGCUCAGUUUCAUUUGCACAACAAAAAAGGAUUGGAAGUAGCCUGUUUGGAGAUGGAAUUCCGUAUUCUAGAAAAUUAGAACUAAAUAUGGUUAAAAAAAUAUCAUUAUUGUUUUUAAAUACAGCAGAAACAAUUAAUAAAGG